UUCGCGUCGCAUGUGGAACCCGCACAAGGAGCAACAUUUAUCGAAUGAUUCAAAUCUCAUCGAGACGCGAGGAGCUGGGCAUAGCUCGCUGGCCGUUUCGGAAACCGUUAUUGCGAGUCGACGCCUCGUCGCGGCUCGUAUUUCCCACGCGAAUAAAGAGGAAUUACGGCGAAAUGGCGGAGGAUGAGGAAGCAGAUUGCCCGAACAACGCGCGGCUGUUCCGAAUCGCCGUUUCCAACAACCUGAGGAACAUAGCUGAAUCCGUGAGCGAGGAUAAGUUUCUCGAGAUACUCACGAUUCUCAAAUCGAAUCCUAGUAUUGCUCAGAAGCUGCACAAAGCUAUGAUAAAGGAAUUGUACAACAGUAUGAACGAUGACUUAGAGGAUAUAUUAAAGGAAGGCAAUUUGCAAGAAACUUUUACAAAAAUAACCAAACUAUCCGAAGAAAACAUAAUGUCCACUAACAAAGAUGCAUGGCGUCCACCGGGGGAUGUAAUCUUACAUUUGAGGUCGCUGGGUGCGCACAAGAUCAAAGAAGCGACCGAGGAAUUGGAAAAACAAGUGAACAAGAUGGAAAGGGAGAAUGUAACUUUAAUGAAGACAAUCGCGGAAAAUAGAUCAAGGAUACAAGCCACGAAUGACAAUGUGGUGAGAAUUUUGAAUCGCGCACCAGUUAUCCUGCAACGAUUAGAAGACACGUGCGAACAGCUAACGAUCUGUCUUAAAACAAUCGAAAAUGAAUAAUUUCAAGAGGAAAAUUUUUAGAAGUACGCUGUAUAUAAU